AAACAUCUACUUUAUUUAGUAUUUAGUUAAAACAGGUGGUCGAUGGCUAAAUGUGUUAAAAAUUACUUUAGUUUUUUUUGUUUCUUUCAUAGAUUUCUGGCAUGAUAAUACCGCUUUAAGAAUGACACAAUGCAUGAUGGGAAGGAGAGUUCAUGACAGUGAUUGUACUGUGAAAGGAGAAAACUACACACGCUGUAUGCUCGAGCCGGUGAUUAUUUUUGGUAAUAAAGUUGCACAAAGUGAAUACCAAUUUUCAUCUUUUUAUUUUUUUAGUUCUUUUUAAGGGUGCAACAUAAAUUUUGGUGUUUCCGCCCGGUUCAGCAAAUGUUUUCUACAUAAGAAGUGAUUUUUUUUUUGUGAUGAAGAGGAACAACAGCUCGGCGGAGCAACACGAGCAUGCUAGUGGCUAAGCUAAGCGGCUAUGCACCUAACCAGAUGACGUCUACUGUGAAAGGGAAACAACCGAUGAAGAAACGAACGUGAAUCUUUCCAAGCGGUGAAUCAACCAAGACAAAGCAUCAUGGACAGUGAGUGGGAAUCUGUAUUUGCCGAUAUUGAGAAGAAGCUGGUUACUCUGUCACUAAAUGAGCUAAAUGCCCUAAGUGAAGCGUUAGGCCUGCAGCUCAGUGAAGAGGUGAAGUUGUCAUGUCGGUUAAUAAGAAGAAAAAUGUGUACUCACUUGGAAAGCGAAGAAGUCAUUUCUUUAGAAGACAGUGGAUUAUCAGUGUUGUUGACCACGAAUGAUUUAAUAAAUGACUUGAAUAAGAAAACCGAUACAAGUAUUUUGUCAGGUGCUGCGUCAGAGCACACCACCGCUGAGCAACAAGUGGUCGUUGAGCAACCUCUGCUGGUACAAAUCGGUACUACACCUUCGGUUUUACAGCCGCGACUAUCAAGCAGCUCAGCAAGUUCUGAAAGGGAGUCAUCACAAGCCAAAGACCAAGGACACUUGCAUCCAAUAUACAGAAAGGAUUUUCGGAUUAUUGGACAAAUCGGCGAUGUUGGACAAAAGGAUAAACUGAACUUCACUAGUCUUGAAAGACAGAUAGAACGAGGACAAAAAAAAGGAUACGAUGAGGGAGAGAUCGUUGAAGCAGUGAUCCAAGCCAUUGUACCUGAUGUGAAAUUAAAAAGUUAUCUGGAGAGUAGGUCAGAAUUAUCCUUGAACUCUCUCAGGCAAGUGCUUAGGACACACUUCAUAGACAAAGAUGCAACAGAACUCUAUCACUCCUUAACACGUGCAGUGCAAGAAUCCAAAGAAACUCCUGUUCAGUUCCUCAUACGCGCAAUGGACCUUAGACAAAAAGUAUUGACUGCGUCUGAUAGAGCCAAAGCUGGACUAAAAUACAAUCCUGAGCUGGUGCAGACACAGUUUUUGCAAACUAUUCUGACUGGAUUACAAGAUGAUGCUGUUCGAGUGGACAUUAAACCUUACCUGCAGGACACAACUGUUAGUGAUGAAGUACUUCUUGAGAAAAUGAGUGCCGCCUACAGUGUUGAACUCGAAAGAAGGAAUAAACUGUCGACCAGACAAAAGAACAUCAAAGUGGCUUCAGUCCAGGAAGAAGAAAAAUGCAGAAAUGAAAAUGUUGGGAGCUCAAAGAAAAGCAAAAACCAGACAGAAAAGCCAAACCCCAUUGUGGAAAAGCUGGAAGCCAAUAACAAAGUUAUUUGUGAAGCUAUCCAAAAUCUUUCAACACAAGUCUCUAACUUGACUCAGGCAAAAGUGAAAACUGAAGACAAAAACUUAAAAAGUAAGCCAUACUAUCAAAGUGCUACGAGAAAGAACCCCAGAAAAUGUCGUCAAUGCGAACAAUCAAACCCAGAAGGAAAAUGUACACAUUGUUUUAAAUGUGGAAGCAGUGAACAUUGGGCUAUUGGUUGUCGGAAAAAGAAAGACUCAACAGUUAAUGUCAACAAAAUUGAAGUACAUACUGAAAAUGUUAUUGACAGUGUUGUUCCACAGAAGAAUGUGCCUUUGUCAAAAAAACAGGAAAAGACAGCAAAACUAAUAGGACGCAAAAACCUGGUCCAGUGCCAUAUUGGGGGUGUUCCAGUCACCGCUCUUUGGGACACAGGAUCACAAGUGUCAAUUGUGGAUCUAGACUGGAAAGAAAAACAUCUACCAGACGCCGCGGUUCGAUCAGUGAAAGAGCUUCUUGAGGAGGGUAUGUUAGACCUUUCUGCAGCAAAUGGCACUGAGAUACCUUAUGAGGGUUGGGUAGGAGUUGAGUUCAGCCUUACAGACAACAGAGACAGUGAACUGUUAGUGCCAUUUCUUGUAAGCUCUCAGCCAAUCACUAAGCCAAUAGUGGGUUUCAAUGUCAUAGAAGAACUCGCAAAGUCUAACAUGUCAUCAGAUAGAACUCUUCCCAACAAGUUCUUGCACAGUCUUGGGUCAGCGUUAGACGUAGGACAAAAAAAGGCAAAGGCAGUGUUCUCUGUGUUACGUGAAGACAAAUCUAUGGCAGAGAAUCAAACAGUAAAACUAGGGAGACAAGAUGUUAUUAUCCCAAAACAUCAAAUGUCCAAAGUAAUCUGUGGAAAAUUCAAGAAAAAUGUGCUAAAGGGACAAUAUGCACUUUUGGAACCAAAUGAAAGCACACCAUGGCCAGAAGGAUUACAAAUACAACCGCAACUAAUACACAUACCAACUGAUGAGGGAGCUAAAAUUUCAAUUGUAGUCGAAAACCACACAGACAACAAUAUUAGACUACAAAACAGGACAAUAAUUGGUUCAUUAUUCACUGUGGAUCACAUACAAGAGGUAAAAGAAGUCACAAAGAGGUCACAAAGUGAAAGUGGACAUGCACACACCAAAGACAUGAAAGUGACAUCAGAUAAUGAAGGAAAAAACGACAAACAAAUAUGGGAUCCACCAGUUGACAUUUCACACUUAACGGUAGAACAGCAAGACAAAGUGAGGAAAAUGCUAAGAGAGGAAAGUGAUGUUUUUGCACAAAAUGAGUGGGAUACAGGAUGCAUACCUGAUCUGCAGAUGGAAAUACAUCUCAAAGAUAACAUCCCAGUGACAAAAACAUACAAUUCAAUCCCUCGUCAUUUGUAUCAGGAAGUGAAAAAGCACAUUCAAGAUCUGCUCAGUAAGGGGUGGAUACAGGAGUCAUCCUCUUCUUAUUCAUCACCAAUAGUAAUUGUGAGAAAAAAAGACUCUACCAUCCGGCUUUGUGUGGAUUAUAGGAAAUUAAACGAAAAGACACACCCCGACAGACACCCCAUUCCAAGGAUUCAAGAAAUUUUGGAAAAUCUUGGUGGAAAUUCCUGGUUCACGGUGCUAGACCAAGGAAAAGCCUACCACCAAGGCUUUGUUAGCCCAGACAGCAGAGCAUGCACUGCCUUCAUCUCGCCAUGGGGACUUUAUGAAUGGCUGAGGAUACCAUUCGGGCUAACAAAUGCCCCAGCUGCCUUUCAGAGGUAUAUGGAAGGUUGUCUUGGAGAUCUCAGGGAUGAGAUUUCUGGCAUGAUAAUACCGCUUUAAGAAUGACACAAUGCAUGAUGGGAAGGAGAGUUCAUGACAGUGAUUGUACUGUGAAAGGAGAA